AUAAAAAGUAUCCUGCCGUCGCCCAGGGCUCAUUGCGCCCUAUUCAGCUUACGCACCAUUGAAUUUUUCUCUAUAUACCUGUCCAUUGUCAUAUGCACAGUAGUUGGACAAUGAACCACAAUUACUCUAUACCCCAGUACCUGCUUGAGCGCGGCGACAAUGCGCGCGAGUACCGCCGAAGACGCUCUAGCUUCUCGCGGAGCAGCAUCUCCUCAGACUCACCACCACCCACGUCCUCGGGCCAGCCAAAGGACCUGCUUCUCACGCUAGAUGAUGAGCGGUCGCUGCCCACCGCGGACGAGCUGCAGUCUUUUGACAUCGAGUCAUUCUCAAUGUCCUCGCAUCCGUCUAACGGCAGCAUGCCAAACAAAAGGAGCACUGUGAUGAGCAGCACGCCAUCCAUGUACUACAGCACGCCGACCGAGGUCAGCAAGCUGAUCUCUCCUGAGGAGUUCAUUCGUGUGCAGCGGCCCCGCAACGCAUCGAUUACCGCCGGCCAGCGGUUCGGCAUCGCCAAGCCAAAAAUCAUUAAUUUCUAG